UCUCCGAUGUGUCAAACAAUACGGAGGGCCUUAGGACAGCAAAGGAAGCUUUUAGCUCCAUGUAAACAUUUAUACGCGUUACGCCCGUCUGUGAUCUAAUGGCGCCUGUACAAUUCGCUCGCGUUGGAUGUGACCGGAGCGCCCGUCAGUUAUCGGAAUGGCUCAACCCGAGACGGACCACACGCACGUCGUAUAACAAGCAUGAACGGACGAAGUGAAAUACCAGCUAUCACUGAUCUCCAGGCAGCCAACUUUGUGGACCACGGCAAAUGGCGCGGCCGGAAAGGUUACUUCAUAAGUCGGAACGUAGCUGUGUUCAUCGCGUUCGUCUGUGUCUGCACUCACGUGGUCACGGGGUUGGUGGUGUUUUACUGUUUGCCUCGCUACGUCUCCUCUCAGCUGGAGGCAGCGGACAUGAACCUCCGACCCCUUGGAACUGGGAACCAUGUGACUCCGCCCAGCCACAAGGCCCUCAGCAGCAACCGCUUGCCGACCCAUGUCAUACCCACUCACUACAGGAUCCAGUUGGUACCUUUCAUCGUGGAGGACAACUUCACAGUGUCAGGUGAGGUGUGGAUCAGACUGAAGUGCCUCGAGGCAGCACAAAACAUCACCCUUAACAUCAAUGACAUCGAGGUGAACGAAGGAGCUGUUAAAGUCACGCAGCUGCAUCCGAAGGAGAUCAUCAAUGUUCAGGUGAUCGAACAUGUGUACAAUACAGAUGCACAGACAUACAGUGCAAUCUUGGACCAGCAUCUGAUGCCUGGUGUACAGUAUGAGUUGUACAUCAAAUUCCUUGGACAGAUCAAUGAUCUUCUACAAGGUUUCUAUAGGAGCAGUUACAUUGAUCCUGGAACAGGGCAGAAACGGUGGUUAGCCAGCACCCAGUUCUCUCCAACAGAUGCUCGUCGAGCAUUCCCUUGUUUUGAUGAGCCGGCAUUCAAAGCCCGCUUCACGGUCAGCCUCGCUCGAUCUGCCAACUUGUCGUCACUUUCCAACAUGCCUCUCAGGUUUACAGAACCCAUGUCUGAAAUUCCAGGCUGGGAGUGGGACCAUUAUCAGGAGACUGUUCCCAUGUCCACGUAUCUCGUUGCUUUCAUCAUUUCUGAUCUUCACUCUCUGGAUGCAACCAUGAUGAAUCUCUCCGAGGACAGCUUCAGGUUCACGGUGUGGUCCCGUGAGUUUGCACUGCCCCAGACAAGUUACGCAGCCAGCAUUGGUCCGAAAAUUCUGCAUUACCUGGAGACGUACUUCAACAUACCGUUUCCACUGCCAAAACAGGACAUGGUGGCCCUCCCUGACUUUGGUUUUAGUGCAAUGGAGAACUGGGGUCUUAUCACUUUUAGGGAAUCAGCUUUGCUGUUUGAUGCUAACAUUUCUACAGAAGUGAACAAAGAGCGAGUGGCUGAGGUGGUGAGCCACGAAUUGGCCCACCAGUGGUUUGGAAACCUCGUCACACCGUGGUGGUGGAAUGAUUUGUGGCUUAAAGAGGGCUUUGCCACAUUCAUUGGCUACCAAGGAUUGCAUCACGUGGAACCGAGCUGGAAGAACAAAGAUCAGUUCAUCAGAGAUCACUUGCAGGAAGUGUUCAUGCUGGAUGCUCUGGAAUCAUCACACCCAAUUUCGGUGCCUGUUGAGCAUACGGACCAGAUACGAGAGAUUUUUGACAGAGUGUCGUACUGUAAAGGUGCAUCAGUUAUUCGAAUGAUGAACCACUUCCUCGGAGAGAAAACCUUCAAGCGGGGACUUACUAACUACCUACAAGCCCACAAGUUUAGCAGUGCUCGUCAGGAUGAUCUAUGGCAACAGCUGACAUUGCAAGCUCACCAAGACGGUUCUCUUCCUUUACACAUGACGGUGAAGGAGAUAAUGGACACAUGGACCUUGCAGACAGGAUACCCAGUGGUCACCGUCACCAGGAACUACAAGAAUGGCUCUGCAUAUAUCUCACAGGAACGGUUCCUGUUGUCAUACAAGGACUCCAAUACUAUUAGUAAUGCUACAUGGUGGGUGCCACUUACAUUCACUAAGCAGGAGAAACCAGACUUCAACACGACUCGACCUCAGCUCUGGCUUGAGAAUGUGGUGUCUGCAGUGGUGGAGAACUUGCCAGACAGCAGAAGCUGGGUGCUGUUCAACAUCCAGGAGACAGGUUUCUAUCGUGUUAACUAUGACCACACCAAUUGGAGGCUACUGAUAUCCAGCUUCCAGCACCUGCCAGAUGUGACGAAAGCACAGCUCUUGGACGAUGCACUUAACCUGGCACUUUCGGGUCGGUUAGAGUACAGCAUCGCUUUGGACCUUACCUCUCAGCUCAUUACAGAUGUGGAGUACCUCCCAUGGUCUGCAGCGUUCACCGCCCUGGAGCAUCUGGACACGAUGCUGGCACUCACUCCAGCGUAUGGCAACUUCAAGCGUAUAGUACUGCAACUGCUGGACAAGGUUUAUAACAGUCUGCAGUUUGAAGACAGGAAAGGGGACACCCACCUAGACUUGCUGAACAGGGUGAUGGUGAUGUCCUGGGCCUGCAGGCUGGACCAUGAGUUCUGUGUUUGGCACGCCAAGAACAAAUAUCGUCAGUGGAUGUCACACGAACUUGAAGGGGUGUGGGAAACUGGCCUGAUAUCUCCAAACCAGAAAGAAGUGGUAUACUGUACAGCAGUAAAGCAUGGUGGAGCAGAUGUGUGGAAGUUUGCAUGGGAGAAGUAUCUGUCGUCCAAUGUUGGUUCUGACAAGGAGCAUUUGUUGGAAGCUCUGGGCUGCACUAGAGAGCCAUGGCUUCUCAACAGGUACCUGAGUUGGAUCACCUCAAACAGUUCAGGGAUUCGGAAGCAAGAUGGUGCGCGUGUAUUUGUAGCUGUGGCGAACAAUGUUGUGGGACAUUCACUAGCAUUUAGCUUUCUGCGGGACAACUGGGACACCAUACAGAGCUACUACGGUGUUGCUUUCUCCAGCAUUUCAAGGAUGGUGUCUGCUGUUGCAAUGUACAUGAAUACCCCUCUCCAACUGUCACAGCUUGAGAAGCUGCGAGACGAGAAUGUAAAUCAACUUGGAACAACAACCCAAAGCUUUGAGCAGGCCAUCGAGGUAGUCCGGGCCAACGUGCGGUGGAUGGCCGAGAGCUAUGACGAUGUCAGCGAGUGGCUACAGUCUUAUUCAAAGUAUCAUUAUCUGUAGCUCAGUCCAUAUCAAGAAUCCUGAUGACUGACUGUAGAUGUUGUAAAUAAUGUUGUUCAGUCGAGUAUAAAAUAGCAUAUUUAUGUAAAUUGAUUUUUUAAAAAGUGAUGUAAUGUAUUGUUUAUUGCUUCCUAUUUUGCUUUGAGAUCAGUAGAAUAUGAUUGUGGCUUGGUGGAAGGGUGUGUGAUGCCACAUUACUCAAUAUAAGACAAUUUUAGGCUUGCUCGACAAAUAAUAAAACUUAAAAGGUGACUGUAAAAGUGUAUAAUUAUCUAUGAUGUCAGCUUUAGUAAAACCAGCAAUGUUAGUUUUGGUAAAAGAAAGAGUAUAAUUAUAAUUUUAUAAUAAAAAAACAAAAGAAGAAGAAGA